AUGCUUUACAACAAUCCGGCUAAAUUUUAUAAGCGAUGCUCUUCAGAUCCCGAUUUUGCGCUGAUUCAAUGUUGUUUCACCUGUUUUGACAAAAAGAAAAAGGAGAGCGAAUCAAAUUACAAUAUAUUAGUUAGGAGACAUUUAGAAGAUCCAAUGAAAGCUACAUGCAUUGACAGACGAGGAGGGGAAUGGUGCCAAAGAAUGUUAAAAAAGGAGGGUUAUUGGCAAGACUCAAAAUAUAACGUCGUAAAUGGUUGCGGCGCAUUUCCAUCGGCUUUCCGAGAAUGUCGAAAUACCUGUGGCUACUGUUCCGCAAGCAUGCAAAUGACAACAGUAAAAUAUGAUUUCCGUCUAGCGACAAGUCCCAAACGAUGUGAUAUAAAAACGUAUUUUGCGCGUACCGAUGAUGAAGUUAUAAAAAGGAAUAUGAGAGUAAAAGAGUUCGAUCCUCUGUCGAUUCUAACAUGGAGGAAACCAAAGGAUACGGAUUACUUUGUUGUAGAAGAUCACAACUAUGACGAUUUACUGUAA